UCGGCUCUAGGCCGCAAAUGGAAGCGUCAUCAAAGAAACAGCAGUGAGUGUGUUUUUUCGGUUAGUUUUGAGGGCUUUGCUUUUGGGGAUUUUCAUUCAUAUAUCAGAGCCAUGGAGUGGACCGACGACCACGACAAUUUGCUACUCCGAGAAAUGGCUGUUAGUGAGCUUUUCAGCUACAAAAAAGGAAGUCCUGAUCGUGGAAAGGUUUGGGUAAACAUCCAAGAAACGCUAAACUCGAUAGAAAAUCCAAAGUUUCUGCUGAAAGACAAGAGAGCCGUCCGUGAUCGAUGGACCCUUCUUCAAACCAAAUUCAAGAAGCGUAUAAGGGCAGAAGAAAUGGCGAGUGGUAUUGAUUGUGAGCUUUCAGAAAAGGACCGUCUUAUCGAGGAACUAUGCGAGAAAGAAGAAAGCCAGACAGCUAACAACAAGAAGAAGACAGAGGACAAGGCAGCCGCCGAGGAUGUACUCAAAAAGGCGAUGCAGAGAAUGGGCGGUGGAAAAAGGAAAGCUAAAGCAGACGGCGAAAGUGACGAAGCUUCUACUUAGGGGGGUAAAAAGAGUAGGCGGAGUGGAGGAGAGGUUGUUGAGUUUCUACGUGAAAAGGCCAAAGCUGAACAAGAGUCCCGAACGGAGCAAGCCAGGCAGCAAAGUCUUCAAAUGGAGCUACUCAGAAAGCAAUCAGAAGGCCAAAUGCAAUUAACCCAAGCACUUGUGCUAAUGUUGCAAAAAAUGAGUGAAAAGUAAGCACAACUUCAGACCUUUUACCAUCGUUUUACAGUCCUUUAAUACUGCAUGACUGUUAACAUUUCUCUUACUUUUAUCGUUUAUAUUGUUACUGUGUACUAAAAAAGGAAUCCAUGUUGGGUUAUUUGAAAUGCAUGGACUCAAUGCGUGACUGAGUCCAGGUCCAUGCCAGUUUGUUACUAUGUCAAAGAGCCAAUUUCAGAUUGACAAUAAGAUAUAAAUGCUGUUGUUUUAUA